AAGUUUUGUCCGACAGCCUAUGAAGGCAGCAUGGUUCAUGUGCGAGAGGCAGUUUGUCCUAUCAGCGCCAUUGUGUGUCAGAGUCUCUACCAGCCCGGACUCUUUACCCUUUUCCGUGUCGCCUGGACUCCGAGUACACCCACAUGAUUCUCUUUCACACUCCGGCGGACCUGAAUCUGACUUAUGUUCAGUAAAGGUGCCAAGCGAAAACUGGACGAGGAUGAAGAGGUGCUGGAAGGCACGACGCUGGAGGCACCGGCGGCAGGAGCAGGAUUUGGCCUGUGUCACGAGGGCCUGUCCAAGGUGUCGUACACGCUUCAGCGGCAGACCAUCUUCAACAUCUCCCUAAUGAAGCUGUACAGCCAGCGGCCACUGCGCGAGCCCAGCCUGGUGCGCCGUGUCCUCAUCAAUAACAUGCUGCGGCGCAUCCAGGAUGAACUAAAACAGGAGGGCUCCUCGCGCCCGUUGCUUCUCCCGCCGUCACCGCCGCCCGACGACCCUAUGGACGAGGGCUUCCGCGAGGCCCCGCCCUCGUUUGGAGUUUUGUCAGCUGCAGCGACUGCGCAGUUAUCUCCGCCUCUUUUGAUGCCGAUGAUCCUUCCUCCACCUUCACCCCACCCGUCAGUGCCUCCCACCUGUGAAGGUUCCCAGGCCUGCCCGCCCCCUCUUGAUGCCUGCCUCACUCCAGCUUCACUACUAGAGGAGGAUGGUCCUGAUUCAUCCUUCUGCUCUUCAUCUCCGCCCACUCCUCCUCUGUCGCCUCCCCCGUCACAAAGUCAGGUGUCUUUGCCUGCCUCGUCCAAUGACUCUUUGUCCCCCAUUGUCAGCGACAUGGACUCACUUACACAUACAGCCAUAAGUAGGCCAGCAGCCGCCAGCUCAAUGACAGAAACUACCUCCCUCGCUCCUCCCGCCCACGCAGCAGCCUUGUCCCUUGCACCCACGAGCCCCGUUAAAGACUGCAGAACCACAGGCGCCGAACUUGAAACUGGGGGCCGCAGUGCCGUCAUUCGACCAAUAGACACUCUGCUCACAGCGCCGCCUGUUAGCCCGGUAGACAUUUCCCCCCUUCAUUCCUCCCCUUCCACGCCCUCUGGGUUCCUAUCGGACUUGGCGCUGGACGACGUCCUUUUCGCCGACAUAGACACGUCCAUGUACGAUUUUGACCCCUGCGUUACAGCAGGGGCGGUCGGCGUGACAGCUGGCACCGGCCUAACCAAACUGUCUUCGGUGGUGAUGACGGACGACCUCCUCAAGUCGCUGGCGUCGCCAUACAGUGGCCCCGCCCCCCAGGUUUCAGCCAAUCAGCCUUUCAAAAUUGAUCUGACGGAGUUGGAUCACAUCAUGGAAGUGUUGGUGGGUUCGUGACCUAUUCAAAACUGUUCCAGAGACUGAAAUCAAUCACUUAGAUGGAUUUGGGAUUUUGUUUGCGGUUCCUAAGUUUGUGUUUUUUGAAGUUUGCUAUUGAAAAUGUUAGUUGUCAUGGUAACUAUGACAACUAUGAAUUACUACUACAACACAACACUGAGCAUGUGGACUGACUCCCUUUUCCAAACAGAAAUGAAGUGAGUGGCAAACAAACAGAAGAGUUUUCAUUUCUAUACGUGUGAGGACCUUUUAUUUGUUUUCCUAAAAUGAACCUUAUCCAAUUCCUAAGGUUUAACUGUGACUUAAGCCAUAACGUGUUACAGGUGAGUCCUCAAGCGUGUAGAAAUACUUUACACUAAAUGUGUCUUUAAGCAGAUGAGUGCCUUUCACAAAUAUUACCACUUAUUCGAUUCCUGCUUUUAUUUUUUCUCUUUUUCCUAAUAUUUUCUUUUUAUAAUUUAUUCAGUUGUAUUCCGUCUGUUUUAUGUGAGGGAAUUCCUCAUGAUCAAAUAAUUAUUUAACUGUCUGUUUUAUGUACUACAAUGCGUCAAAGGCUUGUUUUACUCGUAUUACCUUGAUGAAGAUGAUGAUUCUUUGCCAUCCAACUUGCUAGUUUGGAUGUUCCUCACGGGCGCUCCUAUCAGGCUGGCUUGUUGUGUUUACAUUGGAAACGCUUGCAACAACGUGUCCCAGUCUGGUGGAAAAGAGCUCAAAAGUCCAACCAAAAGAGCGAGAGUUGUUCCUUCACGCACAUGAACUGUAAACAAAUCCGCCCUUGCAGUCGGCAGACAGUCACGGAGGCGCUAAGGGCCUCCUUAAAAGUGUGCGAAGACAAACAAACAUGUGUAUUUUAAGACUUAUGUGUCUUGUGUUUGGCAACUUGAGUGACAAAAAAAUGACAGCACAUUUAGUAUUAACUCUGUUUGCACAAACCGUGCUCAGAGCAAAAGCUCAAACUCACUCAAUCUCAGGGGUUUUGCUGACUUUGCUAUGUUGUGCAGCACAGGGAUGAGGUUCCAAACAAGCUCCUUGGAUGUUGACUACAUUUACUUUAAAGAUUACUGGACGUCUGUCUAAAUCUGUCUAGUAAUGAGUUUCAUUUGAGGUUAGAAACAAUACUUCCUAACUUUGCCAGAACUCAACUUUGCCAAUUUAAGUGUCUACUAUUAAGCCAUAACUUGCACAGGCUGUAUCCAAAAGAACAGUAUUUUCUCAAAUAACCUAUGAAAGCCCUGCCAGGUCACCACAGACUAUGUCAUUCUUGAAUUGACUUGUUUUUGACAACCUUGCUUCCCAAAAUUUGUUGAAGGGUAACUGUACUUUUUGGGGGGAAUUUUGCCCAUCAUUCACAAUACCUAUGUGUGACGAGUACACGGAUGUCCUUUUUUGUGCAUACUAAACUUCUAGCAAAAGGCGGCUAAACACAACAAAUUGGUAUUGACCUAUAUUGCUUAUAAAGCGAUCUAGAAAGACAACAACACUUCAUUCGACUGUCGUAGCAACAUUGUUAUUAAAGGCCUACUGAAAUUAGAUUUUCUUAUUUAAACGGGGAUAGCAGGUCCAUUCUAUGUGUCAUACUUGAUCAUUUCGCUUUAUUGCCAUAUUUUUGCUGAAAGGAUUUAGUAGAGAACAUCCACGAUAAAGUUCGCAACUUUCGGUGCUAACAGAAAAGCCCUGCCUCUACCGGAAGUCGCAGACGAUGACGUCACAUGUUUGAUGGCUCCUCACAUAUUCACAUUGUUUUUAAUGGGAGCCUCCAACAAAAAGUGCUAUUCGGACCGAGAAAACGAUAAUUUCCCCAUUAAUUUGAGCGAGGAUGAAAGAUUCAUGUUGGAGGAUAUUGAUAGUGACGGACUAGAAAGAAAAAAUCAUAAUUUAAAAAAACAUUCCGAUGUUUUUAGACACAUUUAUUAGGUUAAUUCUGGGAAAUCCCUUAUCCUUCUAUUGUGUUGCUAGUGUUUUAGUGAGUUAAAUAGUACCUGAUAGUCGGAAGGGUGUCUCCACGGGUGUCUUGACGCGCAGUGUCUCAGGGGAGUCGACGGCAGCUAUGGACGGCACAAGCUCAGCUUUUCUCCGGUAAAAACUGACUUUUUAACCACAAUUUUCUCACCGAAACCUGCUGGUUGACAUUUGGUAGGGUCCAUGUUGGCUUGACCGCGCUCUGAUCCAUAGGAAAGUUUCACCUCCAGGAAUUUUAAACAAGGAAUCACCGUGUGUUUGUGUGGCUAAAGGCUAAAGCUUCCCAACUCCAUCUUUUUACUGUGACUUCUCCAAUAUUAAUUGAACAAAUUGCAAAAGAUUCAGCAACACAGAUGUCCAAAAUACUGUAUAAUUAUACCGUUAAAGCAGACGACUUUUAGCUGUGUGUGUGCGCAGCGCUCAUACUUCCUAAAAACCCGUGACGUCUUGCGUACACGUCAUCAUUACACGACGUUUCCAGGACGAAACUCCCGGGAAAUGUAAAAUUGUAAUUUAGUAAACUAAAAAGGCCGUAUUGGCAUGUGUUGCAAUGCUAAUAUUUCAUCAUUGAUAUAUAAACUAUCAGACUGCGUGGUGGGUAGUAGUGGGUUUCAGUAGGCCUUUAAUAUGUAAUAGUAUAUUUUAUAUCAAUAAUACAUAUAUGAACACUAAGGAACUAUUCUACUAACUCAUUGUUUUGCUCACACUUCCCGCUACUAGCUAGCAUGAGCCGCUAAUAACGUUGGUUGCGACACGCAGUAUAAAAUAAAGAAGGAGCUUGAGCUGUAUUGCCUUUGAAAAUCCACACGCUACCACUUUGACACUAAAUGGGUCUCAGCAAAUGGAACACACGCAUCAUCGCUAGGAAGCAUUCAAGGAGUGACGAUUAUUCUGAAUGGACCUUCUCAAGAAAAAUAGAACCAUCCCUAGUGAGAGCGGACAUAGUGCGUGACUUUUGUGUUCUUUUUUAAACCUUUAGCACACAGCGAUGACAGAAAUUAUUGCGCCCAGGAAAGAAGUUUUAAAAUGACCAAAGUACUGUCAAUAUGUCAUGAAAAUGCCUGUUACAACAUGACAUACAGUAUGUACUUACAGCAUGUUUACAAAAGAGCAUUGGAGGUUUCUCCAUUGUUAGCUGUCUCUGAUGAGCACUUUUUCUAAUAUUUAGAAGUCACAGAAAACAUAAAAACAUGUUUUCUUGUCUCACGUAAGGGUUGUAAAUGAUUGGCAACAUUCCCUAAAAGUGCAGUUCACCUUUAACAUCUCUCACAUGAACUCAAGUGUGCGGUAAAGUUGAUCUUGCGCUAUGUGGGGAGAUUAUUUUGUGAUUACAUUCUGGUGUAUCUAUGGAUUUGAUUGUCCAUCCAAACUACUGUAGGUUUCUCUGCAUGUUCUUUAUAUAGGACUUGUAUUCGGUUCAUCAUUAUAUAGCAGUAAAAACAAAAUGUAUACAAUUAUUAUUACAAAAAAGUUGGGAAAAUAAUAGUUUCAUCCCUUGAUAAGUGAUAUGACCAGUUCAUUAAUUCUGCCUUUUAAUAUCAAAUUUAGAUAACACUUUAGUAUGGGGAACAUAUUCACCAUUAAUUAGUUGCUUAUUAAAGUAACAAAGACUUAAUUUAGAGUUAUUUGGACACUAGGGGAACAUAUAAGGUUUAGGGUUACUAAUAAGCGAUACUUCAGAGGUUAUUGAAGGAAAGCUCUUAGUUAAUGGCUUACUGGUUGUAUAAUAAGGCCAUGCAGAAUAAGGCAUUUAUCAAGUACUUAAUAAUGACUAAUUAAGAGCCAAUAUGUUACUAAUUUGCAUGUUAAUAAGAAACUAAUUAAUGGUGAAUAAGUGUUCCCCAUACUAAAGUGUUACCCAAAUGUAAUAUCCACAACAAAAUCCAGAAAACAAACAUUAAAUGAAGCUAAUAAAUAUAAAUUAUUUUUUUCUUUUUUUACUUUUCCUGGUCAGGGGUCACCACAGCCGUUCCUCACAGAACUCUAGUCGGGAAUAGAAACCAAGUUCUCCACCACAAAAAACAAAGCAUUAUGAUUGGAUUGGGUCUUUGAAAAUUAAUAUUCUGUGGAAAAAAAAGACUAAAACAAUGAACGGCUCUUGACUUUGAUAGGGAGUCUAAUUAAUAAUAUUUUCCUCACACCUUAAAUCCCCCUGCAAGUAAAAAAACACAGUAGUUGUGAGUUGUGUUCAGGACCCUCGUGACUUGUAAAAAAAGAAAAUUACGUAGUAACAAAUCAGUCAACACUUUCCCAACACAAGAGUUCAUAUCAUAGUCACAAACACCUACCACAACACGUCAUUCGCCCUCUGGUCUGCUCACUGAAGGAAGUAUUGUAGUGUAGAUGUUGCCAACUACAAGCAGUGAAAGAUACAUAACAGCAUUUGCUAGAUUAUUGCUAUAAAAACACAAUUAAGCAGCCUUUAUUGUAGACUUCAAUAAAACAGUAUGGCAAAAAACCAAGGGAGCUGCAGACACACACACUUGUGUCGAAGUGGCUGCUGGGACUCAGUGGUAGUUCACAGGUCUGAAUGUGCUCCCUGACUCAUCUCGGCCUAAGGAAAAACUGGUUCCAGCGGAGGAGCGCGACUUUCCCAGCCUGCAUUGCACCUGCUGCAGUGUGUAAACCAGCCACACCGCGGCACCAAGUCAUUAUCUCUGAGGAGGUUUUUCCUCUCGUCAAUGAAGUUAUUUAUUCAUUUGCUUUCUUUUCCUGCUCAGUGUAAACAUAUUUAUUUUUGAUGUGAAACAUUUGGAUUGUAAAUAUGUGUACAGAAUGUACUGCGCUCCAGAUGGAAAUGUAUCUGAGUGGGGAUUUUUUUUAUCCAAGGACCUGAUGUGUUGCCUCUUAUUAUAGAUUUUCUACGUCUUUUGCACUCUUUUGUUCACCUUUUGUUUUCCCAACUGUUCAUGCAGCAAUACGCAAAAACCAACUUGUCAGAUAUCAAUCCAAAGCCUGUCAUCAACGCCUCAAUGCCAAAACGUAUGAACAUGUGUGUGUGUGUGUGUGUGUGUGUACAUAUAUAUAUAUAUAUAUAUAUAUAUAUAUAUAUAUAUAUAUAUAUAUAUAUAUAUAUGAAUGACAACUUUGAUGGAUCACUUUUUUCUUAUUGGAUGGUUUUAGGUGCUGUCCAAGCAUGCGGUGCAGCUCUACUCCUUGGGGUAGACUGACCGCAGUCAAGGCUGAGUUCCUCCAAAGGUUGUUUUGCACAAACCUUAUAGAGUUGUGCCUUGUUCUAUGCAACAGAACACAAAAGUCUCUUUCUCUCUCUCUCGCACUCUCCCUUUCUCUCGUUUGCCGUCUGUAACAGAGAGCAUGUAUGUGUCUUCAUAUAUACAUAUACAUACAUAUAUAUGUAUACAUUCUGUAUGUAUGUAUAUGUAUAUAUUUAAUCACACAUAUAUGAAUGUAUAUAUAUAUAUGUAUAUAUUUUUGUAUGUAUGUAUAAGUAUGUGUAUAUAUAUACAUAUAUAUACAAAUGAUGAAAUCAAUUGACUGCUGACUAUAAAUUUGAAAGUCUUACUUUUGUAGUAUAUAUAUAUAUAUAUAUAUAUAUAUAUAUAUACAUAUAUAUAUAUAUAUACACACACACACACACAAUAAAUGGGAAAAAAUACAAAAUGGCCGAUUCUUGAAUGUACACGCACCAGCCUCCAUCCUAGUCAAUCUUUUACGUUUCAACUUUUUUUGUUUUGUUUGUUUGUUUUUUUGGCAGUUUUCCUCUUCAAGUGUAGGUUUUUAUGUGCUUCUAAUGACCCCCCGGGCCAAACUUAGUACACCCCUGAAGUAUUUUCCCCCUCGUUCCCAUUUUUUUUGUAUUUCCUUCACUGAAUAUUGAACAGAAAUGAUUGAUGCAACACUAAAAUAAAUCGUGAAUCAAAAGGAGCAGAAUGAAGUACCAACUAAAAAUAUUUGUCCUCUAUUAGCGAUUUACAACAAAAGACUGUUGAGGCCAUGUUCCUACUUCAUAACAAACACAAAAAACAAACAAACAUCAUUUUACUCAGUCAUAUAUUUUCAUCAUCAUGAUUUUUACCUUUUUUGAAUAGAAUUACAUUUGUAUUGUUUUUGUUGCACACCUUCAAAUACAUCUUUCCAUACUCACUGUUCUGAAACUAAAUUUUUUUUUUUUUUUUUAAUCUCAAUUUAGGUUCAAUUUAAUUUCUCAUGUUCAAAUCAAAUCUGUUUUGAAUGUUGUUUGGUAUAAUUUUGUAUGUGCUUUAUACAUAAUUCUUAGAAUAUUGUACUCGUAUCAGUUCAUUAAAUGUCAAUAAGUUGUUAAAAUAUUAGGUUUGUGGGGUCCCUGUCUCCAUUUCCACUAAUGACUCUUGACUAAUGAGCUGUAUUCUGCAAAAUGAAGAUUGGAUUUAAAAAAUAAAGCAUACAUAUUAAUUAUAGAAUACAUACAAUUCAGUAAAACCUUUUUUAUCGUUGAUAUGGUUCUGGGACUAAUUGUUAUGAAUCAAUUUCUGCAAAGUAGGAACGAUUAAUUAUAGACAGAAUUUUUUUCUAAUAUCUAAAGAUUUUUUAAAAAUGUUUAUGACCUUCUAAAUAUAUAUAUAUAUAUAUAUAUAUAUAUAUAUAUAUUUGCAUUAUGAGAGAUAUUAUGAUACAACACCCACAAUAUAAUUUUAGGGCCACCCCUGGCUAAAUUGAGCCCUAAGCAGAAUUUUUCUUUGCAGUACAAUUAUCUACCCCAAUUAAUGGAUAGAAUUAGAAGAAAAACAGUUUAUCAUCACAUGUGCAGUAUUUAUCACAUACUGUAUAGUAUGGGCAUGGUUAAACUAUGAAAAAAUGGCCAACCCUCCAUUUUGUGUAAAAAGGUGCAUGUUUAAUUUCAAAUAAUGUCAAAUGAAAUGUUACCACAACGAUAUUCCUAAUCCCUUCCUGUUGUGUUACUGUGAAAAAUAUAAUGACAAAUUUCCCUCCACAUUUUCAGUGUUGCUAAUCAUUCGUGGGUUUGAAUCCUGGUCGAAGAUGUUUGGGGAAAUUUGGGGAUUUUUUCUGGUUUGCACUAGAAAAUUACAUGAUUGAAUAAUGUAUUACAAUUGAAUUUUUUUUAGUAUAAAACAUUAAAUUUAAUUAAAUUUGGAAUGAAAAUGUCUAAAAAAUAUUUGAUAUGAAUAAAAAAGUAUAUUAUUUGUACUGGGGUUCGUCAGGGGGCUCAAAAUAAAAUUCUGCAUAGGGCCACAAUUUAGCCUUUGGUCCUUUGGCCAAAACGCGCUAAAAGCAGGUCCUUACUGGCUCAAUGCCGCCCCCUACCGUGUUAACAAUACAAAACCAGAGGGUUAGACUAAUUAAGCCAGGGAUAUUGAAUGACAAUGUUGUGGGGGCUACAUUUACAGAGAGCUAAGAACCGGGGGUUCAGAAUUUUCUCUUCACUAUUUGUUUUAUUUUGUAUAAACCUGAGAACCAGCGUCCUCAACAGUAAAUAUUACAUUUUGCCAGUGUUACAGAAUUGUGCUGUUGUUUUUAAGAGUCUGCUGCAAAAGGACUUAAAAUUGGACCUUGAGGAACACCACUUGUACAAAUAAAAAGUUGAACAAAUGA